UGUAUCAUAGCAACAGUGAUCAGGGAAACAGAGAAAUGAUGGGAAAGAAGAGAAACUAAGGCUGGGUACAAGUUAGUCACACACACGGAGGCAGUGUAUCUACUGUGGCCAAUCGAUCAGGGGACACAAUGGAUGCAAGUUAGUGGAUCAGAAAAUGGAUCAGCCCACAUGCAUAUCACUUGGAGUUUUGUUUCUGGGCUUUAGAGGAGGAAGAAUGAGGACUGAAGAAGAUAAGAAAUCCAGAGCGCAUGGUCAGGAUUGCCGUUGGUUACACAGGACACACCCCUCCAAAGAGUGACGACACCGACGCCAACAAUGAGCCAGGCCAGUUGAAGAUCUACCUUCCUAAGAAGCUGCUGGAGUGUCUACCAAAAUGUUCCUCUCUGCCCAAGGAGCGCCAUCGCUGGAACACCAACGAGGAGAUUGCUGCAUAUCUCAUCACUUUUGAGAAACAUGAUGAGUGGCUGACUACAUCACCAAAAACCAGGCCUCAAAAUGGCUCUAUGAUCCUCUAUAACCGUAAGAAGGUGAAGUACAGGAAAGAUGGCUACUGCUGGAAGAAAAGGAAAGAUGGGAAAACCACCCGAGAGGAUCACAUGAAGCUCAAAGUCCAGGGAGUAGAGUGUCUAUAUGGCUGCUACGUCCACUCCUCCAUCAUCCCCACCUUCCAUCGUAGGUGCUAUUGGCUGCUGCAGAACCCAGACAUUGUGCUGGUGCACUACCUGAAUGUACCGGCGGUGGACGAUAGCGGGAAGCCAUGUGGUCCUGUACUCUGCUCCAUCAACACAGACAGGAAGGAGUGGGCCAAGUGGAGCAAGGAGGAGCUCAUUGGACAACUCAAACCCAUGUGUGCUGGAAGCAGCCUGCAUCAGAAAUGCUCUAGUGUCAAGCAGCGCAUCAUCUCAUCCAAGCAGGAGUCAGGGGUGCCUACAGGAGGGGGAGCUUCCCUGGGUACAGGUGCAGCAACAGGCCAGAGAGUUGAGGAAGCAGAUGGCACAGAGGUGCAGAACAGCGAUGUGUCAGAAGGUCAAACAGAGCCCGGUCCUGGAGGGGGCAGAAGCAGAGCGGGCGGAGAGAGGAGGAAUGGCAGGAUAACUAAACCCUCCCUACUCCCACAAAGCAGCAUGGAAGUGUCCUCCUCUACUUGCACCAACCAGGUGGAGGUCCCUGACACCACCCAGAGCUCUCCAUUGUCAAUCACCAGUGACAUGGCUGACAGCCCCGCCCUCGCUAUUGGGGCUGGCUUGUCGCAAAGCACAGCUGUCUUCAUGUCUGAGGUCACCACGCUGACAGGGGAGUCAGUUUACUCUGCUGGCCAUACCCACCUGCUGGCAUCCACCCACGAGAGCACCACUGCUGGCAUCCUGUUGGCUGUUGCCCCUGAAAACCAGAGGUUUACAUCAUUUCCUGGUGGAGUGGGCUUAGGCGAGGGAGGAGAGCUGGUUCUAUCCAGCUCUCUAGACUCAGGUGGAGGAGUCAGCCUUCCUGAGACCACUAUGACCUUUGAUCCUGAUUGCUUCCUCAACAAUCCCAAACAGGGCCAGACGUAUGGAGGAGGUGGAGGAAAGACUGAGGGUUGUAAUGGUGAUGAUGGAGGACUUCACUGUUCUUCUAAUGGCUUUGUCUACAACCCAGCCCUCAUCAACAACAUCAAGACUGAAACUGCACCACUAGAGCAGCCACUGUCUACUCAGAGCAGCUAUGUGGGAGAAGGGACAGGCCUCAGUCCCAGCACAACCCUGGAGCAGAUGGACUUCAGUGCUGUCAUGUCGUCAGCCUGUGUCCCAAGUCUAAGCCAGCCCGCACACCACCCCUCCCAGAGCCUCUUCCUCCAGGCCUCCCCCCAGACAAGCCAGCCCUCCCAGCUCCAGACCAAUGGCACUGAGGCAAGCCAGGACUCAGGCGAAGCCCAGGCUUAUAUAGGCCUAGCCACGGUACCAACAGACUCACCGGUCACCAACGGAGAUCCACAUACACACCUCCACCGAGCCAGCCCAGACCAGCAGGCCCUGUGUGGACGGAACGUACAGGGGGCAGCAGUAAGCACUUUCCCUCUAACACCGCAGGACACCACGAUCGACCAGUCAGGCUGCAGGGGACAUCGAGAGGUUGGGGGCUUAGAGAAGACUUCUGAGAAUGGAGGAGAGUUACUGCUCAAGCCUGAGGAUCCUCAUGAGGCUUAUGCGAGUGUAGACAACGAGGACUACCUGCAACCCACAGAUGACAAUGGAGGAGGAGAGGAGGGAGGCGGAGGUAGUGGAGGAGGAGGAGGGGGAGGAGGAGGAGGGGAAAGUGAGAUUCUCUGUAAUGGUGUAAGCUUGUCAGGGGCCAACAGUUCAGUGGUGGCCAGUCCUCAGUCUAUUACUGCUGGUGCAACCAUCGAGGGGGCACUCUAUAGCUCUCCUCUUCCUCAUCAAGGUGGGGGGGUGUCAGCUACAGCAGCUGGAGCGGGAGCGGCCAUCAGUCUGGAAGGCUUUGAGGCUUCAUUUGGAAGCCAGUUCUCGGAUCUGAUCAAUGAUUUCAUCUCAGUUGAGGGGUCUGGAGGAGGGGUGGGAGCAGCUGUCACUGGGGUUCUGAUGCCCCAGGAAGGGGCAGCAGGAGAGGAGCAGGGCACAGGAGCAGGUCACCUGCCGGGCUCAGAGGUGGAGCAGGGAGCUCUGGGACUGCUCCCAGAGACUGGGAGGCUGUUCAGUGUGACAGACUACUCCCCAGAGUGGUCUUACCCAGAGGGCGGAGUGAAGGUACUGAUCACAGGUCCGUGGUUGGAGUCGAGCAGUGAGUACAGCUGUCUCUUUGACCACAUCAGUGUCCCCGCUGCCCUCAUCCAGCCUGGGGUUCUGCGCUGCUACUGCCCAGCCCAUGACACAGGACUGGUGAUGCUACAGGUAGCUAUGGGAGGUGAAGUCAUCUCUUCCUCUGUGGUGUUUGAAUACAAAGCGCGUGACCUUCCCGCCCUGCCAUCUUCUCAACAUGACUGGCUGUCUCUGGAUGAUACACAGUUCAGGAUGUCCAUCUUGGAGCGCCUGGAGCAAAUGGAACAGAGGAUGGCCGAGAUAACCAAUCAGAACCCCAGCUCCGAAACCAUGGCAACCAAGGGCAGCGGAGUGGAGGGAGGAGGAGCCACUGAUCAGCAGUCUCAAAUUACUCCUGAUCAGGGUUCAUUUGAGGGUCGUGUGGUGGUGGUGUGUGAGAAGAUGAUGUCUCAGCCAUGCUGGGCUUCUUCUACUCAGCUCGUGCACAGUAAGAACUCCAGAGGAAUGACCUUACUACAUCUGGCUGCAGCUCAGGGCUAUGCAGGGCUCAUUCAGACACUUAUUCGCUGGCGCACAAAGCAUGCUGACAGUAUUGACCUUGAGCUGGAGGUGGACCCUCUCAAUGUAGACCACUUCUCCUGCACUCCACUGAUGUGGGCAUGUGCUCUGGGCCAUACUGAGGCAGCACUGGUGCUUUACCAGUGGGACCCAAGAGCUCUGGCUAUUCCUGACUCACUGGGGCGCUUGCCACUCAACAUUGCUCGAUCCAGGGGCCACACCCGAUUGGCUGAGCUCUUAGAGCAGCUGCAACAGACUCCUCAAGCUCCGGGCCAGCCUGCUGACACCUGGAUGGACAGGUGGAGAGGAGAGUCACAGACCAGUGGAAUAAGCAACAGCCCCACUCCAAACUCUAACAUAGAGCUGAGGAGAGCCAGGACAGAGAACCAACAAGACAACCAGAACCAGAGCUGGAGCCAAACAGGACAUAGAGGCCCACAAGAAACCCAGGGAGAACAGGGAGGCCCUCCUCCAGCUAAGAGAUGCAGACCCAGCCCAGACACCCAGCAACAUCUAGCAAGCUCACCUCCUGGCAACCACACCCUCAGCUCCCUCCUCAACUACUCCCCAAGUCCUAACCCUCAAUGCUCCCCACCCCCCAACACCCAACAAAUUCAGCCUUCUAACAUCAGCUAUCAGAGCGCACCUCCCGCCAGCACCUGCCGUAACGAGCCUAGGCUUCCCAGCACCCCAUUCUCCCACCUGCAGGCCAGGAUAGGGGGAUCUGGAGGGGACAUCAGAUGGAGUCUGCGGCAAACUCUGGGUCAGCGUAGCCUAGCCAGGAGGGUUCUAGGAAAAGAACGACUGGCCAUUCACCUGCACCAAAGAGUGCUGUCUGACAGGGGAGAGGAGACAGAACUGCUGACUUAUCAGGACUCUGAGGACUUGCAGAUGGACAUUAUGAUGCUAGCGGAUCACAUCACGGAGGCUUCGACUGGUAGGCUUAAGCAGCAGGCGAUGGAGACUGAAACAGACUCUGGGAAGGUGGGGAUCAGCAGUGAUGUGAAGUUACUGUCUGAUUACCUCAGUGAGGUGGAGAGGUUUCUAAACUCCAAGGCCCAUACUCCUAGCCCAAAAACAAAGUCCCUCUCAGGGCCCGAGGAGCAGCAGAGUCCUCUGGCUAAGCAAGCUCCAUCCUCCCCCUUUGACUGGAGCUCCUUCCUUUGUGCAACUAUGAAAGAGGAGACCUUGAAAACUGACUCCUCCUGUCUAGCCAUGACUGAAGCAGAGCAGGGGGAGCUGUAUGAGACCAUCAGGCAUGCUCUCCACUCCCUCAGAAAACACAAGGGUCCCAUUCAGGAACAACGCAAAGAGAUUGCAGCAGUGAUUCAGCGCUGCUAUAAGAAAUACAAGCAGUAUGCACUUUAUCAGAGGAUGACCUUGGCAGCCAUCCUGAUCCAGAGUCGUUUCCGGAGUUUCCAUGAGCAGAGGAAGUUCCAACAGAGUCGUAGAGCAGCAGUCCUCAUCCAGCAAUACUACCGCUCUUACAAACACUCCCUCAGGUACUUCACAAACAUGCACACUCACACACACACACACACACACACAGGGCUUAAUUAUGCAGAUAUGUCUUACAGCCAUGUCUUUGCCUACAGCAGCCUCCUAACUAAAAAACAGAACCAGGCUGCUCGCAAGAUUCUGAGGUUCCUGCUCCGAUGCCGCCACAGCCCCUUGAUGGACCAUAGGCCUCUGAAACGGGGCCAGAGAGCAGAGAGCGGCCAGGGGUCCUGAGAGCCCAUCACCAGGCCCCACACACAGCCCCCUCAGCCUGUGAGCAAUCUGUACACCCUCCCAGCCCUUCUGCCUUUCCUUUCUCCUUUCCUCUAUGCUUCCCCACCACCUUCUGACCUAUCCUCUUCUUUCCUCCUCUCCUCCCUUCUCUCUCAUGUUCUCUCCCCUCUUCUCUUAAGAGGGAAAAAAACUCUUCCCAGACAGACUGAGGACAGGAUAGGUGUCCAUCAUGGCAGCUCAGACAGACAGACUGAUGGGUAGAGCCCAGGGACCUGGCUCUGCCCACAGCACUGAUCCUCCUCCACAGUUUCACUGGGAGGCCAUCACAUUAACCUCAUGGCAUUCUUUGCACUCUUCAUGGGUAUGUUUCUUUGCAAGGAAAAGUCGACGAGUCACACGAGAGAACGCAAGAAGCACCUGGCAAUAGCGUCCUGCCAUUCGUGGCAGCAACAGGAUGUACUGAAAGGCACCGGUGAUGAACAGCUGGCUCAAGAUAAAAGCUACUUUGACAUGCAGAAAAUAUACAAAACCUGUUGAGUUUUGUAUCCAAACAGUGAUCCAUGAAAGGAAAAAAAAACAUAAACCAAAAGACUCACAUCUAUGUUGCAUUUGCAUGCAAGGUUCUUUCGCUUAUUCCUCCUCUCCAUCAUCCUGAAUUGCUACAGUGGCAAACCAUUCUGCUGAUUCAGUAUUUCAUAGUAUCACCAACCACUCUGACUCACAGGCUCACAAACCUAUUAAUCAGUCACAAGUUCAAAAGGGGAGGAACUGCACUUGAAUGUAUGAGGGACGCUGUUAGAUAAAGGGUCGGGGUCUGAAUAACGAUGUCUUAAUUUGUUACAUGGACUUUGUAUGGAGUCGUUCUCAGAGGCAGCACUUUGCGUGCCUGACGUGGUGUGUCCGUGUUUGUUCAAUUCAAUGCAUGUGAUUGAGCUACAAGCUCCUGCAUGCUUGCCAAACUGCUUUAGUGUUGUUUCUUUUGUAUUUCUAUGUGUAGUUGUGUCUCACUUAUGUCCUCAUCAACUUAUCCUUGCCCUGUGUAAUGUGAACUGUGUAAGGACAAAAGUCUUAUUUUGGGUGCUUUUUUUACUUUAUUUAUUUAAGGUUCUAAUUAUGUAUUUAAUUGGCUCAAGAGAGAUUCAGCUUGAGACUGGUUUCCCCCCUUGUGUGGUAAAAUAUGACAUGUUCCAAUGGUUAAAUGUCUCUGUUAGUGUGUUCUUUGCGUGAACCUCUAAAUCCUAACUGUGGUUUUGAGGAGAGAGUCACAUACCAUUGCCUUGACUUCUUCUUGACUCUGAGAGGUCUCUGCUUGCUCUGUACAGGACAUGGGUCCUAUACCUGCCCCUAUCCAGGGCACUGGUCCCCAUAUUACCCCAUACGGGGCGCUCAAAUCCAUAUUUUGGACUAUUGCAUAUUCCUGUAUAUAAACUGACGAGGUAAGGGGAUACGAGGACCCUGAAACUUUUUCAUAAGAGGACUGUAUUUAAGAUUAUAGAUUAUUUUACUCCCAUAAUGAGAAGUUAAGAUAGAGACCUGGGUACACAGGAUGGCUGUAUUGCUUGUAAAUAAUGUAGAUAUUAAAAACGGAGUAAUGUGCAUGAGAUUUAAGACAAACAGCAAAAAGAAACAUGUUAGUGGCUACGGACUGUGAGAGGAUUUUAACCGCUUCACUUUAAGAGUAUCCAGUGUAAGUGUUACUGAAAAGAACCUUUUGUUAAAAGCAUGCAACUGAAAAAUCUAAUGUUAGAAUUAUAAGUGGGAAAAAACAAAGGUAGCUGAAACAAUGACUUUUCAGACAAAACAUUUACACUAUGUGCUUUUGUUUCUUGGCUAGCAAAAAUUAAACCCCCUUUUCCCAGUAGUGCCAAUUAUUAUGAAUGCUACUUUGCCUAACAGUAUGUUAUGUUAGGGAACCCAAGAUCCAGAAGAUAUCAGUAAGAUCCACAAAGGCAACAUGCAGACAAUAAACAGUAGAAGAGAUCUAGUACUAGCUCAACCAUAGACCUCCUACAGAUUCUGAAGUUUGUCUGAGGCAGACUUACAUAUAGAUGUUGAUGAUGAUGGUGGUGAUGGUUAAGAUGCAAGUAUGAAAGUGAUAAUAAUGGUGAUGAAGAUGAUCAUUUUAAUGUGAAUGCAGUGACUGAUGACCCAAAAAAAAGGGAAGAGGGCACUACAUUCUUUACAAUGUGGUUGUGCUUCAGCAAGAUGCUAGCUUUUAUUACGGCCAUUAAUCACACCUACAGCGAAUCCAGCCUGGCCUCCAGUCGAAGCUUUCCAUCGUCAGACAGAAUGUCUCCUCCCCACCUUUUACAUGUCAUUUGACUAAUUUUUCUUUUCUUGUUAUCGUCUUUGUCAUUAUUCUACAACGUGUAUUUUAGACUUCUGGAAAGCUCUGCUUAGAAAGUGCCUGCUCAAUAACAGAAAAGUGCAAGCUGAUAUCAGGAAAUAAUUAUUGUAUGUCCUCCAAAAGGUUGCCAGUUACCUGUUUAUUUUCCUAAAUUGUGUGUUAAAAAUGAACUCAAGGUGUUAAACUUGAUCUGACUCCAAGUUAGAAGCACUAGUUUGUCAGUGGUGUGAAUGAAUGCUCAUGGCCUGAUUGAUGCUAUUUGUUGCUUUAUGAGACAAACCAGUAAUUACAGUAUCACUUUAUGCCCCACUUGUGUAUGCAUUUUACAGUAUUAGAGGAAGAAAACCAUAGGAUCCUGCCUGUAUGUAUGAAAGGCACUGUCACAAGUCUAUUCAGCACCCCAGUGGCGCAACAUGCAUUUUCUUGCAUGGACUCACUUUUCUCAAAAAUGUUGCAGUAUACAAACAAAAACAUAACCCAGCAGUUUUCCAGAGGACAAGACAACUGUCAUACACACUUUAUUUCUUCAUCUCACUCUCUCACAACUAGCACUCACACAUGUGCACAUACAGUCAGACACAAAUACAGGCAUUCAGAUGCACAAAAAGGCCCCACUCUUUCUCUC